UCCUGUGCGUCAUUUCCUACGCACGCUGAGCCAGAUCUGGGCAGUCUGGUACAAACACAUUCAUCUGCCGUCAACAGAGCAUAGGAGGCUGAGUCCCACGUUUCUUUGUCCGCGAUUAUAACGCUUCUAUCAUGACCCGAAGGUGAUCCUCGGUACCGGUGGUUCUGGGUCUGCACGGUGAAAACGAACAAGAGAGAGGCCACUUUUAAAGUGAAGGGAUUGCCCAGGGCCACAGCACCCAGGAUCUGAAGGAGAACAGCAGUUAUUUGGGCCGCACUAAAAUUCAGGAUGGAGAAGGAAGACCUGAAAAUGAUCAACAUGGACUUGGAGGAUGAGAUGGAGCUGCAUGGAUAUCGCCUGUGCCGAUGGAAGUUGGCUCUGGUGGGUUUCGGUGGUCUCUGCACGGGAGGUUUUCUUUUUCUUCUGCUCUAUUGGAUGCCUGAAUGGUGUGUGAAGGCCACCUGCUCACGGACCACCGUCAGAGAGGCCGAAGUCGCCCUCUUACAAAGCACUGAUGAGUUUAAACGCUGGUUCCGAGCGAAGGUUCGGAUAAUGUUGGCCCCUGGGAAGAACCCUUAUGACAGCAUGGCCUCUCAGACCGCCUCCCCCCAGGCCAACGAUGACUAUCACGCCCACAAUCAAUCUGACUCCGCCCCUCAGAAAAUCACCAGGAUUGCAGAGAACCAGCAUGUGCAGAUACGUUAUUUUACCCUCCACAGCACUAAAUACUUUUGGAACGAUGGCAUCCAGAACUUUGAAGUAUUGAAGGGACUAGAAGAUCUGGAUAUGACCUGCUCCUCCAUUCACUCACAGCACAGCGGAGGGCAAAGCAAAGACCAGCAGGAGUACAGGAGAUUUUUCUUCGGACCAAAUGAAAUAGAUGUGAAAGUGCCUUCUCUUUUCAAGCUGCUAGUUAAGGAGGUCCUCAAUCCUUUCUACAUCUUCCAGCUCUUCAGUGUUAUCCUGUGGUGUACGGAUGAAUAUUAUUACUACGCAAUGACCAUAGUCGUCAUGUCGUUUAUAUCAAUAGUUACCUCUCUCUACACUAUUAAGAAGCAAUAUGUAAUGCUACACGACAUGGUGGCGACACACAGUACUGUUCGAGUUACCAUCUGCAGGGGCGACAACGAAACGGAGGAAGCCCUGUCCACGGAUCUGGUCCCUGGUGAUGUCAUUGUUAUCCCCAGCAACGGGACCAUCAUGCCCUGUGACGCAGUGCUCAUCUGUGGAACGUGCAUUGUUAAUGAGAGCAUGCUCACAGGUGAGAGUGUUCCGGUCACGAAGAUGGACCUUCCGAACCCUCAGCUGGACAAGAGGAGUGGAGAGGGUGAUGUCAUCUACGGCACAGAGAGUCACAAGAGGCACACGCUCUUCUGCGGCACAAAUGUCAUUCAGACCCGCUACUACACAGGAGAGAUGGUCAAAGCCGUGGUGGUCAGAACCGGUUUCAGCACUUCUAAAGGGCAGCUCAUUCGUUCGAUCCUGUACCCCAAACCCACUGACUUUAAGCUGUACAGAGAUGCCUACAUGUUCUUGCUGUGCCUGGUGGGCGUGGCCAGCAUUGUCUUUCUCUAUUCAUUGGUCAUGAAAGUCCUCAACCAGGAACCGGUGAAAGAAAUCAUUGUGAAGUCUCUGGACAUCAUUACCAUCACAGUGCCUCCUGCCCUCCCGGCAGCCAUGACAGCUGGUAUUGUCUACGCUCAACGCCGCCUCAGGAAAGUGGGGAUAUUCUCCAUCAGUCCACAGAGAAUCAACAUCUGUGGCCAGCUCAACCUGGUGUGCUUCGACAAGACAGGAACUCUUACAGAAGACGGUCUGGAUAUGUGGGGAAUUCAACGAGUUGAAGAGGGCAGAUUCCACCUUUCAGAAGAAAAAGCUGAUGAAAAAAGCUUAGUGACGACAAAGUUUGUAUCCUGCAUGGCCACCUGUCACUCCCUCACAAAGAUCGAGGGUCAGCUCUCUGGAGAUCCACUCGACCUCAAGAUGUUAGAGGCCACAGGCUGGAUCCUCGUGGAAGCCACAGAAGAAGAGACGGCUCAACAAGAUCGCAUUGAACUCACCUAUGUCAAACCGCCCAAUCAGCUUCUUCCUCCACCGGUCAUAUCACCUGAACAGGACAUGGAGCUGUCUGAACUGUAUGAGCUCUCGGCGUCAUACAUGAUCGGUAUUGUGCGGCAGUUCUCCUUCUCCUCCGCCCUGCAGAGAAUGAGCGUGGUAGUCCGUCAGAUUGGAGAAAGGCGUAUGGAUGCUUACAUGAAAGGAGCGCCGGAGGUCGUGGCAAGCCUGUGCAAAAAAGAGACCGUACCUGAGGAUUUUGCUGAGGUUCUGGAGGACUACACCAAACAAGGUUUUAGGGUCAUCGCCCUAGCACACAGACGUCUCGAGUCCAAACUCACAUUUCACAAAGUGCAGAACAUCAACAGGGAUCAAAUAGAAAAGAAUAUGGAUUUCCUGGGCUUGAUAAUCAUGCAAAACAAGCUGAAAACUGAGACUCCUGGGGUGCUGGAGGAUCUGCGGCGUGCAAACAUACGCACAGUUAUGGUCACAGGAGACAACAUGCUGACGGCCAUUUCUGUGGCACGAGACUGUGGCAUGAUUCAGCCACAAGACCGAGUCAUUAUUGCCGACGCUCUGCCUCCUAAAGACGGACAGGCUGCCAAGAUCACCUGGCACUAUGCCGACAAACCCAGCAAACGCUCUAAUAAGCCUACAAAACUAGAGGAGAUGGAGAUCAUAAUGGAAGACGGACACUGUGUGGAUGAGCAGAGACCUCAGGAACAUUAUCACUUUGCCAUGGGUGGAAAAUCUUUUGCUGUCAUUACCGAGCAUUUCCAAGACCUGAUGCAGAAGCUGGUACUUCAUGGAACAGUGUUUGCGAGGAUGGCACCUGACCAGAAAACUCAGCUUGUUGAGACGUUAGAAAGUGUAGACUAUUUUGUUGGAAUGUGUGGUGAUGGAGCAAAUGAUUGUGGGGCACUGAAGAGGGCUCAUGCCGGGAUCUCCCUGUCAGAAUUGGAGGCGUCAGUGGCCUCUCCGUUCACCUCCACAACUCCCAGCAUCACCUGCGUCCCUAAUCUGAUCAGGGAGGGCCGAGCGGCUCUCAUCACCUCAUUCUGUGUGUUUAAGUUCAUGGCUCUCUACAGUAUUAUUCAAUGCCUCAGUGUCGCACUGCUGUACUCCAUUGACAGUAACCUUGGAGAUUUCCAGUUCAUGUUUAUUGACAUAGCCAUCAUCCUUCUAAUUGUCUUCACCAUGAGUCUGAACUCCGCGUGGAAGGAGCUGGUCGCCCGCCGGCCGCCCUCCGGUCUCGUCUCAGGUCCUCUUCUCUUCUCAGUUCUGACCCAGAUUCUGAUCUGCCUGGGUUUCCAGGUUGUGGCCUUCCUCUUGAUCCAAAAUGUGGACUGGUACUUGCAGUCAGACAUCUACAACUGCUCUGCACCCAGUCACACGGAGAUCUCCAAUAACACCACAAAUAAUGAAAAGAAUAUCAUGAAUGAUGUGAACACCACACUGUUCUUCGUCUCAUCGUUCCAGUAUCUCAUCAUUGCCAUCAUUUUCUCCAAAGGAAAACCUUUCCGCCAGCCCAGCUAUAAGAACUGGCCGUUCGUCCUCUCGUGUUUACUUCUCGUCGUUUUCUUAUUUUUCAUCAUGUUCUUCCCCGUUUCUGGCAUUUAUCAAUUUUUGGAACUGGUGUGUGUUCCUUUGAGCUGGCGCUUGACUAUUUUGUUUAUUGUGCUGAGUAACGCUUUAGUGUCCUUCUUUACUGAGACCGUCGUGCUUGACGUCAUCUUAUGGAAGCAUGUGUUCAGCAGAGACAAGCAGGGAAGUUAUGACGUCUCCCCUGCAGCCCUGACACCACAGGAAGGAAUAGACAUGUAUAGCUACAGAUGCCUCUCCCGGUUGUGUUGCCGUCGGAGAAAAGUGCCCAAGGCCCGGUACAUGCACCUGGCCCAGGAGCUGAGCGUGGAUCCCGACUGGCCGCCCAAACCCAAGAGCACUACAGAAGCGAAAGCCACUUCACCUUCGGACAACUGCACCUAUCAGAUCGAGGCAGUUUCCUAGCAAUUACACACGCGCUCCGUCCUGCACGCCCAAACCGCCAGGGAUUUCUUAAUGCAAAUGACGUUGAACUGUGUGUUGUCAUGAGAGACAGAAAAAUACACCAAAAACAGAAACCUGCAAGGGAGAGUUAUCUCCUUAUCUCUUUUUUUCUGUUUCAGCUGCUCAAGACUAUUUUUCUGAAAGUAUGGGCGGAGUUCACAGGCUGGGAACUGUGGUUGCUCCGCCCCACAAGCGUGAGGUCUGUUGUCACGUUGCCAUUAUAACCUUAAGACCGUAAACAGUGAUUAAACUCAACAUUAACUCAUCACCUUCGAUCACCCCCUGCCGGAUCUUAUGCAAUCGCAUACGAUAUCUGAACACUUCUGACCAUGUACUGGAGCUUCCGUACUGAACUUUAUGCAUUAUGACGCUGUCAGCGCAGUCGCCACCGCAUCGCCUCGCCUCCGCAAGCUCUACGGCAGGGCCAGCAUGCCAACGCCUUGAACACCAUCGCAUAUGGCUGCAUGUGGAACCAACCAAACAGUAUUGCUUCACGGAAUCAAAUCCAUUCAUAUUACAAAUAUAUCAACGGAGAUCUAUAAUUUUACGUCAUAUCUCUUCCCAUGGAAGAAUCGAGGUGGGAUUCAGCUGCGGAAGGCCAUGGUUUUGCAUUUUGUUCACGUCUCUCAGCACUUUUUGUGUUGAUGGGUUUUGAUUGGGUCCACCAAAUCAAUUUUAGCGAUUGUUUUCGACUCGCAGUCAACGUCACAGUGGCGCGGGAAUGACAGAAUUGAAUUGAGAACGUACAGGAAGAAAUAAGGUGAAAUGCUUUUUGGGAAAAAAACUUUGGUCACACUUUACAUCAGUGCUCAUGUUGCAUUGUGUUUAUAAUCGGAAACGCCAAUGCAAAUGAUCUGCCUGUGCUAAAUGUUAUAUUUUUGGUGCAGCUUGCGAUUCGGGUUGUCUAUUGCAGUUUUAGUAAUUAUCGUGUAAUAUGGACAUUGUCGUGUAAAGUGUCACUAAAAUUUACACUCGGAGGGCAAGAUGCAUGCAUGCUUAUUCACACAGGGUCGUCAUAUUCGAUGAUUAAGCAGUUGUGUAUCUGAGAUCUUUGCACAUGCAGUUUAAGGGCGUUUUCACACCUGUGUAUCGAUUGCUUUGUUCCGAAACCGGGGGUUAAAUCGCUACAAUAUUUAAAUUUAUUUUAGUUCGGUUCGCAUUCACAAGGCAAUAUUUCCAAACGGGCCAAACUUGGUUAAUAAAAGUCACGUGCGAGUAAACUCUCCUUCGAUUGGUCAGAGUGCAUAUGUUAAUUUUCCGGCCGGUAACGCGAGUGAUAAUGAGCGUCAGCUGCGCGUCGUCUCGCGUAUCUCACGGCGGAGCUCGGGAAGCAUAAAAGGAGGAGAAGGACGAGAGAGAACCAGGCCUGGAUUUUAUGUUAUGUUUUAUUGUGUUUGUGUGGCCUGCAGUUGACUGUGAGGGAGCUGUCAGCACUUUACUUUCGUUUUGUUGUUUGUUUAUUUUAUUAAAAGUUUGGUUUAACGUUCGCCGGUUCCCGCCUCCUUCCUUCCUUACUUUGAACAUUGUUACAGGGAGCCAUUAGCAAAACAAUCCCUUUUGCGUCACGCAACUUUACAUAAUUACCCAUCAUACAUUGUGAUACAGUCUGGUUCCUUGGGUCGGAUGGCUUUCACACGUCUACCGAACCGCUCCAGAGUUCGUUUGCAAUCGGGUCGAGACCACCUUGUUCAGGCGGUCUCGGAGCGAUUGUUUUGGGGCGGAUUUCUAGCGCGAUUGCCGUGUUCACAUAUGCCUAAACGAAUCGAACCAAGAGAGAAAACGCACCAGGUUCCGAAACAAACCCUUAUGUGUGAAAACGCCCUAAAUGUUGCAAACACAAUAGCAGGUCACCAAUAAAAUCGCCCUGAAUUAGCCAGUCAACAGUAUUACUUCAACACGUGUGCUUAUUAACAGUUUUGCCGCUUCUUAUUGGAAUUAAAACAAACAUUUGAACCUUCAGAAUCUGUUGCAGGUAAUCACUCCCACUUUUUCAGAUGUGAUUCAUUUGCAUCAUUUAUGCAGCUCAACAUUCAGGAUUGGGCAGUACAGUAAAAGCAUCAGCGUUUUCAUUUUUGUUUAUUUCGGUUUAUAAAAUACAAAUUUACACAAAUCGUUUCUGAAAUGAACCACUUAGCAAUAUCAGGUGACCACCUUAGCUCUCUUUACACCUUGUUUGUGUUGUAACUCAUGUGAGUUGAUGAUUUGUGACGGGGAGGGGUUGGUUAUCCAUUUAAGAGUGUGGUUGCAUAUCGGAAAAGAUAAAUAGUAUUUUUAUGCUAUAUGCGAAUAUCAAAUUGUAUUUAUUUCUAUAUUAUUGUAAAUAUAGACAUCAUUGAAAUUAAAGUAACAUGGCGACAUGUUUUACUUUUAAAGUUUUGCCUCAAACUUUUAUGUUGAAAGCCAUUGCGUGUCAACAGAAUCCUGUUCCACAACUGGAUCAUAACAGAAAGCCACAACAAUCUUACAAUCUGAUUACAUUUAAGUUUCCUACAUUGUAUAUUUAUAAUUUUGAGUUUUUCGUUGCUUUAUGGGCAUUUUUAUCUAAUCUAAAUAAGGGCUCAAUCUGUCUGUCUGCUUUUGCUCAAUUUCUGCAAUAUUUUGGUACUGUUGAAUAUUUGAAGCGGUAUUGAUAAUAUGUCAUAUUUGCAAUGCGUUCUUUUCAACCAUGUUUGUCCAAAUUUUAUCUGUUUGAUUUAUAUUCUGUGUGUUCUGGGCAUUCGAAGAAAGAGGUAACAACAAAUCACCUUGCUGGUGUUGCAUUGACCUGGGGGACACGAUAUAUACGGCAACUGAUUCAUUUGUUUUAUAAAUGACCACCUUAAAACAUCUACUGUACUGAGCCGGGACAGACAAACACAGCGAUCAUGUUCAACUCUGUAUGUCCUUAACAAAUGUGAAUGCAAUUCUAAAAGCUUUUAGGAUUGGGGAAUGUUAAAUUCAUUUUAUUAUUAUUGCUGUAGUUCUUUUUUAUUUUAUUUGUUUUGAUCUGAGCUGUUGUGUUGUGGCUAGCAGUUUCUCCUCCUCACCUGUAGGAGGCAGUAGGUUGCUGCUUGGGACAUCGGCUUGAUUGUCAUCAUUACAUUUUCUACCACAGUAACAUCUAAUGCACGUUUUCAAAUGCCUGCGCACAAACACAUAGACAUUUGAAAUAUCCAACACUUGAUUAAAGUGUUGAAAUUCCACAGCAAUUGAAAUUUUGAGAAAAACAAGAUUUUCCAGAAGUGGGGCCAUGUUCACGUCAUAUCUGCGAUCCUCUGGGAAACAAACACAUACUGGAAAAAUGUGUUUGAUAACUGGAGGUCACGUAACGCUCUUGCUUAUUAUUUUUAUACCGUAUGUCGUAUUCAUUUUCCAUGAAUGUAACACAUUUGAGGUGAUCGAAGCAAAAGUUCAGCCACUGGUUGUUUUACCGCUGGAGUGGUUUAAUUUCCUCAGGGAAAUGCGUGUCUCUGUAAUGAUUAGUGAUAAAUAAAUGAA